AAAAAAGUAUAUCAUUCUUUUUUAAACGGAGGACUAUUAUAUUUUAAAAGAUAAUAUAUUAAAAUUAGUCUACCCCUAUAAAUUUAGCAUAAAUUCUCCCGUUUCCUUUAAUAUUUGUCAAAAUCCAUUUACAAACACACAAAAAAAUUCUUGAAGAAUGGCAACUUGUGGAGGAAUUCGUGAGGCUGGUGGAUCCGAAAACAGCCUUGAGGUCAAUGAUCUUGCUCGUUUUGCGGUUGAUGAACACAAUAAGAAACAGAAUGCUCUUUUGGAGUUCGGAAAGGUUGUCAAUGUGAAGGAACAAGUGGUUGCUGGAACCAUGUACUAUAUAACACUGGAGGCGACUGAAGGUGAUAAGAAGAAAGCAUACGAAGCCAAGGUCUGGGUGAAGCCAUGGCAGAACUUCAAGCAAGUUGAAGACUUCAAGCUUAUUGGGGAUGUUGCUUAGCAAGUGCCAAAUGAUGUAUGCCUCUUAUGUAUGUGAAAAUAAAGCUAACAUAUUUAGCUUGUUAGUAUUUGAAUAUCGUGAAGUAAGUUCGUAACUUAUCACGGCUCUAAAUUGUAGGAAACUAUAACUUUACAAUGUUCCAUAUUCGUACAAUGUUGAUCCUCGGGAGGAUAGUUCUAUUA